AUGCUCUUAUCUUUAUUCACUCUUUUACUGAUUUGUAUUGUACAAGUCAAUGCUCUCUCACAAAAAAGCAUUCAAGGUAUCCUUAGAAUACACAAUAAACAUAGAUCAAAACAUCAUGCACCUGCCUUAAAAUGGGAUAAAUCACUUGCUGCCUAUGCUCAGAAAUGGAGCAACCGAUGCGUAUUUGAACACAGCCAUGGUGACUAUGGUGAAAAUCUUGCUCUUGGCUUCAAUAGCUGGUCAGAUGUUAUUGAUGCUUGGUAUGAAGAAGUUAAGGAUUACAAUUACAAUCAACCAGGAUUUUCUGAAAAGACAGGUCAUUUUACACAAUUGGUCUGGAAAUCAACUACCAAAAUAGGUUGCGGUGUUCGUUCAUGUAGUGAUAUUGGUGGUAAACUCUGGACUUGCUCUUAUAAGGGCUAUGGCAAUAUUAUUGGCAACCAUAACUUUUAUUUUAAAAAGAAUGUACUUAAAGCUUAA